UAUAAUAGACGUUCACCAAUUAAUCUCUGGCCAGAAUGGACAGGUGCAAUGCAUGGAGAUGAUUUAAAUGAUAUAUUUGGUAUUCCAUUUAGACAUCCUGAAAAAUAUGACAGACAAAUUUUACAAGAUGAAAAAGAUUAUUCAGAAAUGGUAAUGUGGGCUAUAGGUAAUUUUACAAAAGAAGGUAAAACAACAGAUGGUUGGAAUAAAAUAGAUACUACUAAUCAUAAAGCUUUUGUAUUAUAUGGAAAAUUAGGGGAAGGUGAAGAAAAAAAAUAUACAGAUGUUACACCACCUACAUGUACUGAAUUUUAUAAACUUUAUGAAGAAUCUGUUAAAAGGAGAAAGAGCUUAAAUAGCAUUACUACAACACCACCAAAUUUACCAGAGUAA